AUGGGUGAUAAUUGGGCUUUUCACUUCAUCCAAAUUGUCUCAUUCAACUCCGUUCUGAUGAAGUUGUGUUUUGUGACCGUUGGCGCGACUGCUGCCUUUAGGAAACUACUGGAGCAGGUACUCACCUCCAAGUUCACCAAGACUCUCACCGAACAUGGCUACACCCAUUUCCUCGUGCAGUACGGAAAAGACGGCCAGGACCUCUAUGAUAAAUUUGUCGCCGAUGAGGAAGCACACAAUGGUCUGACCAUCGGAGGAUUCGACUUCCAGCCGAGCAUCGACAGCUUUCUGCUACAGACUGUGGAAAGAAAGGUUUAUGACCGAGAGCGCGGUUUGAUCAUCUGCCAUGCUGGAACCGGGACUAUUCUUGCUGGACUUCGCCUGGGUGUGCCUAUGAUCGUGGUUCCCAACCCAGAUCUCGCCGAUAACCAUCAGCAGGAGCUUGCUGAUGUGUUGGAAGAAGAUAAAUAUGUGGUCAGCAGUUCAGUUGAGAAUGUGGGUAGUGCCAUUAGAUUGGCGGAGUCUCAGAAGGCCGAGGUAUUGUCUUCAAGAGCUAAAGAUGAAAACCUUACGAAGAAUUUGUCUGACGAAAUGGGGUUUUUGGACUAG